UUUAACAUUGUAACUGCUCAGCGCAAACGUAACCUAUAAAUAAAGGAUCUUCACUCCAAUUUCCCUUUGCACUAUUAUACAAACACUUUCCUUUUCUUUGAAUCUCUCUGACUCUUCAGAUUGAAAUCCCUAUAGUUUUACUGCGGUUCUGGAUCCCAAUUCUACUCUCUACUCAGGUUUGCUCCUUGUAAUGCUAGCUUCUUUGGAAUUCUCUAUUUACUUUCUCCUCCUAUUUUGCCAUGGAUGGUCUACGUGAAGCGUUGUUCUCUCCGAUUGGAUUGACCUCGCUGAAGCUCCACGCUAUUUCCUGGUGGAAAGUUUGGAUUUUUAUUUUAGGGUUCCAUUUAAUUUCAUUAUUGACGUUGAGAGCAAGGUUAAAUUAUUUGAGGGGUUUUGUUUGAUUUCUCAUCAAACUAUGUAAAUUAUUGUCAUUAUGAAAUUUCUUUAUUCUCUUGCUGUUCAUAAGUUGUAUUUUAAUUAAGCUGUGUUAAGUUGGUUGAUGGAGAGUUGUGGAGUAACAGAAUUUGGGUUUUGACGAGGGAAUGGGUUCUGCUGCUUCUUGUGAAUGGGUUGCUGUUUGAGUUUUGGAAGAGAUCAAUGAGCAAUGAAGGGUCUAAUUCAUGGGGAUACUUUGUGCCUGAUGUAGAUUGUGUUUUUGUUUCAUAGUAUUAUGGCUGUUAUAACAACAACAAGGAGGACUGAACUUUUGGGUCGAACAACAUCCCCAACAUGUAAGUACUGGCUAGCUGGGAGAUGCAACAGAAAUCCUUGUAGAUUUUCGCAUAAGUUACCAACAUUGUCAUCCAAUGUAUACUAUAAGCAUUCAAAGAAGCCCCAUUCUUGUGUUGAGAAGAUGAACAGUUCCUCUGUUAAGAAGCCAACAAAUUGCGCACCAAAGGCUGUCAAGAAACCAGCAAAUUGUGCGCUGAAGGCUGUUGUGUCUGCUGAGAAGCCAACCAAAUGUGAACAAAAGGCUGUAGUGAUUGAAAAGAUUGAAAAUGUAGAAGAUGUGGCCGCUAUUGCUAUGGCUUCUGUGGAGAAAUCACGCAGUAUUUGUAAAUAUUGGAUGACUGACAAUUGUGUGCAUGGUGACCUGUGUCAGAAUUUGCAUUCAUGGUUUUAUGGUGAUGGGUUUACCACACUUGCAAAGCUUUAUGAACACAAGAAGGUUGUCACUGGGAUUGCACUGCCAUCUGGUUCAGACAAACUUUAUUCUGGCAGUACUGAUGGCACAGUUCGGGCAUGGGACUGCAACACCGGCCAUUGUGUUAAUACUAUAAGUGUUGAUUCUGAAGUCACCUCAUUGAUAUCUGAGGACCAAUGGAUUUUUGCUGGUAUAAAGAAUGCUGUGAAGGCAUGGAAUAUUCAGACCGGUGCAAAUGUUACUCUUGAUGGACCUAAAGGACAAGUCCUUUCCUUGAAUGUUGGCAAUGAUAUCCUCCUUGCUGGAGCAGAGGAUGGUGUUAUUUAUGCUUGGAGAUGCAACUCUGAACCCAAAGCUGAGUCUCCUUUCGAACUGGUUGCAACACUAAGUGGCCAUACUAAACCUGUAGUUUGUCUUGCUAUUGGAUGCCACAAGAUGCUGUAUUCUGGGUCCAUGGACCAUAGCAUUAAGGUUUGGGACCUUGAUACAUUACAGUGCACGAUGACACUUAACGGACAUACAGACGUAGUCACAUCACUUAUUUGUUGGGAUAAUUAUCUAUUAUCUAGUUCAUCUGAUUGCACAGUCAAUGUGUGGGUGUGCACUGAGGAGGGAACUCUAAAAGUGGCAUACACUCACAUUGUCGAAAAUGCUGUUCUUAGACUGUAUGGGAUGACUGAUGCAGACGCCAAGCCAAUAUUGUUUUGUUAGUGCGAAGACAAUUCAGUUCGUAUGUAUGAAUUGCCUACGUUUUUAGAGAGAGGUCGACUAUUUACCAAACAAGAAGUUCGAUCCUUUGAGAUAGGUCCUAAUGGACUCUUCUUCACUGGAGAUGGGAGCGGUUUGUUAAAUGUGUGGAAAUGGUUGGAAGAGCCCAAGGUGCUAAUCUCCUGAGCUACAACAACAAAAGGUUUUUGGAUGAAGAGAGUCUACAAGAUCAUUGGUUGGAUCAUGUUCUAUCUGUGAUAAUCGGGGGAAUUUUGCAUGUAUAAUACCUAUGAUAUGAGAAAAUAGUGAUGUUUGUGUUUCAAUUUGUUAUUCGGUCUAUUUGUCUUUUGUUUUGUUGGAUAAGUUGUAAUUACUCUUUGGUUGGUUCCUUGUUCCUUGAUGGCAAUGCCGAAGGGAAAUAAUUAACUGGCCAUGGAAUGUUGUUUUGUUCUCCUCUCUUUUGGGUUUUGUAUAGAACAAUUUAAAAAGAAUUUUGUAUAUAUAAUAUAACAGUUUAUGUAUUAUACAA